AUGCGGUUCAACGCGCUGUGCUUUCUGGUGAUCUUAUGCAGUAUCUAUCUUGCAUUGGCACAAGUUUCCUAUGAUGACUGCUGUCUGAAAUAUGUGAAGAAACUGAGAGACAAAACUCUGAAACAUGUCAUGAAAUACAGACGACAGGAGACUGAUGGAGGCUGCAACAUCAAUGCUGUAAUCUUGACCAUGAGGAGGGGACGUGUGCUUUGUGCAAACCCAAAGGACCAAUGGGUGUCAGAACUAAUGGAGAGGAUUGACAAAAAGAAAGACAGGAAUCCCGUCGGGAAGCGAAAUUAA